GCGUGUUGUGUGGAGAGGGAAGGCAGUCCCGGCUCCCGCGGCGCCCUCAUCCUCCGUCGCUGCCAGCUCUCAGGGAGUCGUUAGGUGGAGCCCGGCCCCUUCCCCUCAGCCAGACCGGCGGGCGGGAAGCCGAGGCGGCCGUGCUGAUCGCCGCACUGUGGCUCCGAGGACGUCCCGGGGACUGAAUGAAAUCCUCAUGAUCGUUACAUGCUCGUUCAAUAAUAGCACACCCCAGUCACGUCUCCUUGCAAGCACAUUUUGUUGGAAUCACUGAGCAGAAGCAAAGAAGAGCUGACGACUAUGUGUUUCCAAUGCAGGUUGCCGGAGCCCUCUCUUUGCCAUUGGCUGCAGUUUUCUGGUUUAUUUGCAGCUUCCCCCAUCUGGAAUAUGAAAAUGGGAUUGAAGUAGAUAAUUGCUAGCAGCGGGUUUUCAAGAGAGGCUUAGAGGGAACAGAAUGCCUCUCACACAGCACAGGCUGCCGGCACUGAAAGAGCUCUGAGAGAUGAUUUUAGAUGUUACCCACGUCUGAAUCUCCUGGAAACUUUACCAUGGAAGCGAGCAAUUGCGCACAAUCCUGGAGCUAACAUCCAGAAGGGGCAAGGAAGGGGCAGCAGGGCCAAACAAUGGGAUACCUUGUCCUUGGAUUGUUCACAGAAAAGCCAGCAAGCGUUCCCCUCCACUUCCCAGCAAAAAGGGCAUGAAGGCGACAAUGAACUGAUUUUUCCUCAGUGGAGCUUCAGUGGCUGUUGAGAAGAAUGGGAUACACUGACCCCUCGUCGAGCAGGGAUUUGCUGGGGAACAGAACUUUGUUCUUCAUAUUCAUCUGCGCCUUUGCCGUGGUCACCUUGCUGCAGCAGAUUCUCUACGGGAGAAACUAUCUCAAAAGAGGGCUGCAGUUUAGCUGGCAGAAUGGAGAGGAGUUGGCAAAUUGGACCACCACCUUUAAUGUCACGGAUGACGGAGCUGUGAAGAGUGGCAGUGACACAGGCACCAGGUAUUUUGAGUUUUAUGAAGGGCCUUUGGAAUACAACUCAACCAAAUGCCUGGAGUUACGGCAGGACAUCAUUGAGGUGAAGGUUUUGUCUAUGGUGAAACAAACAGAAUUGUUUGACAGAUGGAAGAGCCUACAGAUGUGCAAAUGGGAGAUGAAUGUCACAGAAGCUAAUUUGUUCAAGUCUACUUUGUCAAGGUGUUGCAAUGCCCCUGCCUUUCUGUUCACUACACAGAAAAAUACUCCCUUGGGAACUAAACUGAAAUAUGAAGUGGAUACUAGUGGAAUCUUCCAUAUCAACCAAGAAAUCUUCAAAAUGUUUCCAAAGGAUAUGCCCUACCGCCGCUCCCAGUUCAAGAAAUGUGCAGUGGUUGGGAAUGGAGGAAUUCUGAAGAACAGCAGGUGUGGACGGGAGAUUGACAGCGCAGACUUCGUGUUUCGAUGCAACUUGCCACCUAUAUCUGAGAAAUACUUCACGGACGUUGGGGUGAAGACGGAUGUCGUUACUGUCAAUCCCAGUAUAAUUACUGAGAGGUUUCAUAAGCUGGAGAAGUGGAGGAAACCCUUCUAUGACGUGCUCCAGGUCUACGAGAAUGCUUCUGUGCUGCUGCCAGCCUUCUACAACACUCGCAAUACAGACGUCUCCAUCCGGGUCAAAUACGUCCUGGAUGAUUUCGAAUCUCAGCAAGCUGUGUACUACUUUCACCCCCAGUAUCUCAUCAAUGUCUCACGCUACUGGCUCGGCCUCGGGGUGCGGGCCAAGCGGAUUAGCACUGGGUUGAUCUUGGUGACUGCUGCCCUGGAGCUCUGCGAAGAGGUCCACCUUUUUGGCUUUUGGGCCUUCCCCAUGAACCCCUCAGGGAUUUUUAUAACUCACCACUACUAUGACAAUGUGAAACCUCGCCCUGGUUUUCAUGCUAUGCCCUCAGAAAUCUUCAACUUCCUGCACAUGCACAGCAAGGGGAUCCUGCGGGUCCAUACGGGGACCUGCAGCUGCUGUUAGCAGGGAAGCUUCAUUCUCUGACACAAUAGUGUAACAGGAACUCAAUGCCUGUAUAUGAUGUAAGGGGUUUUAUUACAUUCUAAGAUUAUGCAAUAAUUGUUUGAUAUAAAUUUCCUCAAGGCAUUGCAUCCCAUAGGAUCUAGGAUACCAGCAUCUUUCCUGACAGCAGAGUUGGAUCCGUAGCAGUUCAGGAGAAACAAAACUCCUCUGUCCCAGGGUAUUCACUGCCCUAGAAAGCAAGUCAGAUAAGAAGCACAUUUCCAAUAGGUUUAGGGACAAACAGAGCACAUUAAUAGAGUUAUCAUUUCACUAUGAAAAAGAGCACCAAGUUUUUGAGAAGAACCAGUGCUGGAGAAUUUUAGCAUAGGCUGUCUGAUUUCACAUAGGUUUCUGAAUCAAGUACCUUGUGUCAUUGCCAGAUUUUAUUGGAAGCAGUCUUCUCUGGCAUUUGGGGUUUUGAAAUACUCUUUAGCAUUAUAGUUUUAAGAGGAAGUGUCUAUCUUGAGGUGUUUGUUCUGUAAUCUUACAAAGUAGUGGUGAAAAAUAGCAGACAGAUGUGACAGGAAUAAACCAGAUCACUUUGUGAAGUUUUUCAGCCAGGGUAGAAAAGAAUGUUAAACUGCCAUUCACAGCAACAAGUAAUUAUGUUGAUCAUGGUGUGCAGUUGUUGUGGAGUUCCUUUAUUCUUCUUCCUCAUGUCUUAUAUAUCUGGCUUCCUCUGCUGAUCACAUUUUCUUUCCCAUUGUCUGUAAUGCUUCCCUCCUACUUUACACAUGAAUAAUGUGUGCGCUUCUUCCUACAGUGACCAUCUCAGCUUCAGACUGGAGUCCUUGUUGAAGAUACAAGCUCCUUCGCGCUUCUGCAAGCUUUAGUUGGGGCUCAGUAGCAAGGAGAUUUCAUAGUUGUAUUUUCUGAGCUGAAUUUUUGGUUUCAAAUAUCACAGCUCAAUCUAGAAAAAAGCAUUUCUUCUUUGAUUCUUAGUUAAAGACUUUGUAAGAGCAUCUGAAUGUUGGUUCACUGUCGUGCAGGGUGAGUUAAAUACUUUCAGGUAUUUCUGAUGAGUACUGGCUGGAAAUGAAGUUAAAAUACAGUGAAUGUACUUUGUAGCUUGGAUUGUGAUGCUUGUUUUAAAAUUAUGCAUCUCAAGAUGUCAGAUGUCUUAAUGUGACAUUUUUGUGUGUUUAGAGUGCUGUUAGGAUAGUAAAAGGGCUGGUGUACUCUUAAAAAAAAUGGUUGACAGUGUAACUCUGUUAGUUAUGCCAAGCUUAAUCUUUCACCUGAUACAGCUGAACUGGCAAGAUCCUGAUGCAGAAAAAAUGCUACAUAUUGCUGGAGUUGGUUUGGCUGCUGAAGUGUGAUGCACUAGGCCGAUGAUAUAUGCUCUUUCCUACUGGCAUGGCUGCGUACGCAGAGGGGUGAGGUUUGCUGUUUCAGCUUUGCUGGCAUAGUUCAGUGAACAAAGUUUCCUCAUUUAACUUCUUAGUCUGAAGCACUUGGACUGUUGUCCAGUGUCUUGUCUUGUCUUAGGUUACCAGAUCAAGGAUUUGCAGUACUAGUUCUAGGUGAGGGAUACCUAUUUUCACUUUUUUUUCUUUCUCCUCUCUCGGGUGAGUUUAAAUCCAAAUACGAACUUGGAAUUUGAUUUUGUAAUGCAUGAAUGCACAAAGCUGCUUUUAAAAGCCUCUGUGCUAUGCUGAGAGCUGUAAAAGUUGCUCAAACUGUAGACAAAAUGAUCUAAAAGGAAGUGAAGCACCAUGGUCACCAUUUCAAAAGUCCCUGCUGACCAGCCGUGAUCUGGGUGGUAUGUGAGUGUAUUUCCUUAACUUUACAUACAACUACAGAGGUCUGAUUACUUUACAAGCCACCCACAUGCCUGACAAAGGUGUCAGAGCUCACUUGGGAAGUACCAGCCAGGGACAGGUGAAGGACCUGUGCUUAAGCUUUAUACACUUGUGUUGUUGUGCUUUUGAUCUUAGACUUAAUACUGUGUGUUAAUGAGCACCACCUUGUAUCAGCUAGCUGUGAAAUGUGCAGCACACUAAGAAUGAACCUGCAGAUGAAAUGGUUUCCUUGACUUAAUAUGCAAAAGAGAUCUUUGUCUUUGUUGUGUUUUGUAAAUUUAUGUGCAAAGGGCUUUGAUAUUGAAGUGCUGUAAUGAAAGUGCUAUUUAGAGAGCAAUGUGACCCUAUGGGUUGGCCAUCUUGCUGUGCAUUAAGCUUUAUGAUAACAGGAAUGAUGCUGAAGCCAGUACCUGGAGCCCUUGCUCUUUAUUAUGCCUGAGUAUGGGACUAGUAGUGACUUCAGUGUUGCUUUGCUGCUGCUGCUUUGCUAAGGUUACCUUCUUUAGUAAAGAGUGUUUCCUUAAUAUGGUGAUGGAAGUGAACAAAAGCAACCAAAAGGAGUCUGAUAUGUUCUGAAAGAUACUUCAAAAAGAGAAGGGAAAGCACUUGAGAAGCACCCAUAUGUUGGAAAGAAAUAGUGCAAACCCCUCUUUUUAGUUGCAAAAAAAAAAAAUCCCUUUGGACUUUUUGGAUAGGAAAAAUGACAAGCAGAGCUGUAACUACAAUUCAACUGUAACUACAGCAUCACAGACAUUUCCUUUCCUUUGUUUGCUUCCUAUGAAUCAGCAAUGUAAAUCCACCUAGUCUAUACUGUAAUAAGUGCAGUUUUACUGUGUUUAGAUUUUGAUUGGUUAUAAAUCAAUAGCCACUAUAUUUUUUUAAUGAUUUUAAAGUGUGUGUGCAGGAUACUCGUACAUAUGCACCAAAGGCCCAGUCUUGCCACAAUUUGUCUGAAAAGAGCUCCCAUUCAGGGGGUUGGGGUUUUUAUUUGUGUAGGGACUGCAGAAACAGGCCCCUGUGUAGAUGUACAUAGGUCUAUAGUUAGAUGUGAGGAGCAAUUUGCAAGCCAGAAAAAUACUUUAAAGAAAUAUAUAUAAAAAGUAGUCUUUGAAGUGAAAUGCAUGUUUCAGUGUGCUUACUUUCCGAUUUUU